UUGCAAUCUAUUCCCAGAGUCAGAGAAGACAGACCGUCUCUAGUUUGCAGAAUAUUUGCCAAAAGCCGUGGACAAUGCUGCGAGUAAGGUGUCACAGAGAUGGUAGCAGGGGGGCUGAAGCAGCCCAUCUGAUUGGAGCUAUGAUUGGCCGCACCAUGUCCGGUUGGGUGCAGAGGGCUUUCCAGAGCACUUCCAGCUCAGCUGCUCCGCCCCGUAUUGCAGUGGAGGAACCUGCUACUGAUCUCGCACCCCAACAGAUCCCGGUGUGCGCCUACAAUGAAUGGGACCCAUUGGAGGAAGUCAUUGUUGGACGACCCGAGAACGCAUGUGUCCCUCCAUUCACUGUGGAGAUCAAGGCCCACACUAAUGAGAAGUACCGGCCCUUCUACCAAAAAUAUGGGGGCCAGCCUUUCCCCAAGGACCACUUGAAGAAAGCUGUUGCUGAAAUUGAGGAAAUGUGCAAUAUUCUCCGCCAUGAGGGUGUUACUGUGAGAAGGCCAGAACCCCUUGACUGGUCUUUCGAAUACAAAACCCCAGAUUUUUCAUCUACUGGGAUGUAUGCUGCCAUGCCUAGAGAUAUACUUAUUGUCAUUGGGGAGGAGAUUAUCGAGGCUCCAAUGGCAUGGAGGUCCCGGUUCUUUGAAUACAGAGCGUAUAGGCCUCUCAUCAAGGAAUACUUCAGGAGAGGGGCAAAGUGGACCACAGCUCCAAAACCUACCAUGUCUGAUGAACUGUAUGAUCAGGACUACCCCUAUCGCACUGUGGAGGAAAGGCACAAGCUAGCAGCCCAGGGCAAGUUUGUGACCACUGAGCAUGAGCCCUGCUUCGACGCUGCUGAUUUCAUAAGGGCUGGGACAGAUAUCUUUGUGCAAAGGAGUCAGGUUACAAAUUAUAUGGGUAUUGAAUGGAUGCGUCGUCACCUUGCCCCGACAUACAAGGUGCACAUCAUUUCUUUUAAGGACUCUAAUCCCAUGCACAUUGAUGGCACUUUCAACAUUAUUGGUCCUGGCCUGGUGCUGUCCAACCCUAUUCGCCCAUGUCACCAGAUUGAAAUGUUUGAGAAGGCAGGCUGGACAAUGGUAAAACCCCCAACACCUCUGAUUCCAGAUGAUCAUCCUAUGUGGAUGGCCUCAAAAUGGCUGUCCAUGAAUGUCCUGAUGCUGGAUGAGAAACGAGUCAUGGUUGAUGCCAAUGAGACUACCAUCCAUAAAAUGUUUGAGAGUCUUGGCAUUAAAACCGUCAAGGUGAACAUCCGACAUGCCAUGUCCCUUGGAGGUGGCUUCCAUUGCUACACAACUGAUGUUCGUCGUCGUGGUACCCUGCAGUCUUACUUCCAUUAGCCAUGCCAGAAAGUAGCAGUUGUUAUUGAGCUUUGAAUGUUAUCUAAAAAAUAAUCAAUGAUAAUUGUUUUUACUCUUACUAAAAAGGCCUAGACUACUGUAGGUUGAUUUCACAAAGCUGUGUGUUGAAGCUUUUGCAAGAAUUGACGUGAGAAAUAGCAACAAUAAUGAUGUCGACUAGGAGCAUGAUGUUCCUUAUAAUUGAUACUUCUAUUGCAGUGUGAAGUCAUUCUUCCAGUAGAAACUAACCUAGUUCUUAAAGUUCUUAUUAUUUGAUACUUAUGUUCCGAUAAGUGAUGUUCAGAUGGCAAAUCAUGUUGUAUGACAUUAGAAAUGUUCUUAAUGUCCUUGGUUCUUAAAUAACCCAUUGUAUUGACCAAGUCAUGUGUGUGUGCAGAGAAGGUGUAAUGAUACAAUGACACAAUGAGAUUAUGAUACCGUGCAAGGUAUAAAUGUGUGUGUGAGAAACAACUGUCUCUUGGGGGGACUG